CUCUUAAACCUCCCGAAAACUGCAAAACUCUUGCACCUUUCCCUCCUCCGAAGCGGCCCGUACCCCCGCAAAAUCCAAACUAAACCGACAAAGGCUACGCCACAGCCGGCCGGCCAGCCAUGCGCCGGCCGCGCCGCGCCGCCUGCGGGCUCCGGCCGCUGCUGCUGCUCCUCCCCUUGGCCGCGCUCCUCUCCUUCGCCACCUUCUCCCUCCACUACCCCGACCGCCUCGUCGGCCCCACCACCGUCGCCGUAGCCGCCGCGGUCGCCGACACCGCGCAUCCGCAGGUCCCCUCCCCGCGCCACCGGCUCGAGAUAUCCCGCCUCGACCUCCGCGCGCUGAACGCCACCCCGCCGCUCCACGCUGCGGCCGUCCGCGCGUUCCGCACCGGCGGGCGCCUCCUCCGCGACGCCCUCUCCGUCUCCGCCGGCGCCGCCCCGCCGCACGCUAGAAGCCCCGACUCGCCGCGGUGCCCGCCCUCCGUCGCGUUGUCCGGCGGGAAGCUCCGGGCCGCGGGCAAUGCCCUCGCCCUGCCCUGCGGGCUGGCUCUGGGGUCCCACGUCACCGUGGUGGCCUCGCCGCGUAAGGUGCCCGGCAACGGCCUGGCGCAAUUCGCGGUGGAGCUUCGGGGCGCGGGGCACGGGGACGCGGCGUCGACGAUCCUCCACUUCAACCCACGGCUCCGGGGUGACUGGAGCGGCCGGCCGGUGAUCGAGCAGAACACCCGCUUCCGCGGCCAGUGGGGCCCCGCGCUCCGCUGCGAGGGCUGGCGCUCGCGCUCCGACGAGGAGACCGUUGAUGGAUUGGUGCAAUGUGAGCAAUGGGCCUGGAACACUGCUGACACAUUUGAGGAGCUGAAAAUGAUAUGGAUUCGUAACCGUGUCGUUGGACAGAGAAGCAAAGAUUUGAUAGACUGGCCUUAUCCUUUUGUCGAGGAUGAAUUGUUUGUUCUAACACUAAGCGCCGGUUUGGAAGGUUAUCAUGUUCAAGUUGAUGGGAGGCAUGUCACAUCUUUCCCUUACCGUGUUGGCUUUAUUCUUGAGGAUGCUGCUAUCUUGCAAGUAAAUGGUGACAUUGAAGUUGAAUCAAUGGUUGCUGGUUCAUUACCCAGGGCUCAUCCUAACAUUGCAGAGAGAAAUCUGGAGUUGCUUGCCGAACUAAAAGCCCCUCCUACUGAAGAACCUGUAGAGCUGUUCAUAGGCAUUCUUUCAGCAGGCAGCCACUUCACUGAGCGCAUGGCUGUGAGGAGAUCAUGGAUGUCUGCAGUACGGAAUUCAUCUAGUACAAUGGCUCGUUUUUUUGUUGCCUUGAAUGAAAGAAAGGAAGUGAACGAAGAUUUGAAGAAAGAGGCUAAUUUCUUCAGAGACAUCAUCAUUGUGCCAUUUGUGGAUAGCUAUGAUCUGGUUGUUCUGAAGACUGUUGCCAUUUGCGAGUAUGCGGCUCGUGUUGUUUCGGCAAAGUACGUCAUGAAGUGCGACGAUGAUACCUUUGUCAGGCUUGAUUCAGUUAUGGCUGAAGUCAAGAAAAUCCCAGAUGAUAAAAGCUUCUAUGUGGGGAACAUGAACUAUUACCACAGACCACUUCGAAAAGGAAAAUGGGCCGUCUCAUAUGAGGAGUGGCCCAAAGAUACAUACCCACCCUACGCAGAUGGUCCUGGCUACAUUGUCUCUUCUGACAUUGCAAAUUUCGUCGUGUUUGAAAUGGAGACGGGCAGGCUAAAUAUGUUCAAGAUGGAGGAUGUGAGCGUAGGCAUGUGGGUGGGGCAGUUCAACGGCUCCGUGAAGGCCGUAGAGUACGCCCACAGCGUGAGGUUCUGCCAGUUCGGCUGCGUCGACGACUACCUCACAGCGCACUACCAGUCGCCGGGGCAGAUGCUGUGCCUCUGGGAGAAGCUGGGGCGAGGGAAGCCGCAAUGCUGCAACGCGAGAUGACAGCACGAGAAGCUCCUCCGGAAGCUCGAUCCGGUGAAACUCUAGCUAUCAACCGUUGGACAAUCCGGCUCAGUUUUCGGUGGAGAUUUGGAUAAGUUAAGAAGCUCCAGAGGAACCUGCUGACAGGUGACUUCCACCACGACUCACAUCACAUGUACAUAGCCAAGUGGUGAACACACACACCGUUAGAUCGAAACUCGAAGGGUUUACCUAUACUAAAUUAUGCAUGUUACUCUGUAUUAUAAACUAAUCGGAUUUCUAAUAUACUGUCUUCCGAGAAAACAGAAGGCUUUUGCCUGGUACUACGAGAAAGCUGAAAGAUUCACCGGGGCUGCCGGGCCAUACCA